AUGGAGGCCGAGCUAGACCAACUGCUUGCUUCUGCGAAGCAAGCGGCGAGGGCCCUAGAUGGUCCUGUGGCGCCCUUCGUGGACGACGCCCUGAGACUCUCCCAGAACCCAGACUCACAGUCCCAGUCCGGCGCCCUGCGGGCCAAGAUCCUCGACACGAUCCAGACCCUCGGCAAGAUCCAGCAGAUCCUCACCCCGCCACAGGUACAGUUUAUGGACGCCAUCUUCUCCGCGACAAACACACAAGUGCUGGUAUGCGCGGCAAAGUACCGCCUCGCCGACAUCCUGCACACCAAAGGGCCCCUGAGCACAGAAGCUCUCGCGUCCGAGGCAGGCAUCCAACCGGCCGCGUGCGGCCAGGUCGUGCGGUACCUCGUCGAGAUGGGCUUCUUCACCCGCGACGCGGCCACGGGGCUCGUCGACAAUAACCGCACCUCGCAGCUCCUGCGCACCGACCACUGGACGACGUGGCACAACUGGGUCGGCCUCUACGCGUGCGAGCACUACGACAUCCUCCCGCGGCUGCCCGCGGCCAUCGCGGCGGGCGAAGGGCGCUCCGCCGCGCAGAUCUACUACGGCACCGACGAGCCCAUCUACGAGGUCAUGGAGCGCAUGGGCACCACGGCUGCGUUCCAUAGGGCCAUCGGCGCUUUCAGCAUCGCCGAGGCGCCGGGUUUGCUGGCUGAUUACCCCUGGGGCGAGGUCGCGGGCGAGGUCGUGACGGAUAUUGGGGCCGGUGCCGGGGACUUUGUGUGGCAUUACCUCCAGGCAUUCCCGGCCGCCAAGGCGGCCGCGUUCGAGCUGCCCCAGACGGCUGAGCUGAUCCGGAAGCGGUUCGAGGACGCGGACGAUGCUACGAGGGGGAGGCUUGUGGAGGUCCGCAGCGGCGACUUCUUCAAGGACGAGCUGCCGCGGUCGGCCGCGUAUUUCCUCAAGUUUGUCUUCCACAACUGGGACGAUGAGAGCUGCAUCAAGCUGCUCAGGCGGAUCAGGGAAUCGAUUGUUCUCAAGCCCGGGGUCAGUCGAGUUGUGGUUGGGGAGCACAUCAUCCUGGACGGGAAGCUGGGCAGCUUUGCGAGGUAUGCAGAUAUCAGGAUGCUCUCCCGGGUGAAGAACCGGGAACGGACGCUGGAGGAAUACCGGGCUAUUGCCGAAAAGGGUGGGUUUACACUUCACGAGGUCGUCUCGCCCCGGGGCUGCCUCACUCAGGUGAUAGAUCUGCGUCCAGCGUGA